AUGGAGCCAAGCCACCGCGGGUCCGCAGUCAAGGCGGCGGCCGGGCCGACCAGUUCCACAGCCUCGCCUCCCUCCAUAGCGGCUGUUAGGUUCACGGCGGCAAAAAGCCACGAGCCUGCGGCUGCGCCGUCGCUGUUUAGGCAUGCCGCUGGUCGCCCGUCGCAAUCGCAGUCGCCCCGUCCGCACCAGCAUCGCACCGAUUCGCCCUCCUCCGACGCCACCACGAGCCCUGCCAUAGUGGACGGUAAGAUCUACGAGGCGCCCGAAACAAGUCAGGGAGGGGCCCACGCGCCCAACGUGGCGCCGGUAGCAGAAACCAGCGACGGCGCCAAGCCCGGUGAUGCCAAGCCCUCGAAAAGCGCCACAAUGUCCCCCAUCAAAUUGGUCGAAGCGAGAAACAGCGCCAUCCGCUCCCGCAAAGUACACGCCAAAUCCCAUCGUCCAGCGUCCCUGGCCGUUAACCUGCCCGGCACGCACGUAGCGACUGAAGAAGGCACCGCAGCCUGGACGCCUGCUACAAGGUCUCCGCCGCCUAUUCUGGCUGAGACGUCUGGCGACGACAAGAAGGAAGCCGGGUCCGGCGCUCCACCCUACGUCCCAGUCAUCGCCACCGCUUCGCUGCGGCGGCCAAUGCUCAAGACAACAGCUUCAACCGGGCUGCCCACGAGCGGAGGCUUCAAGCGCGGCGCUUCCUUCGACACACGGGCGUUAGCAGGGGAAUCGCCUGCGGCUUCGGAUGAUAUUGAAAGCGCUACGACCCGACGCAAGUCUUCUGUUCGAUUCGGAGCCACCACCAUCCGCGAGAUCUCCCCCUUGACUGCGUCCCUCAUCGAGCACCACCGGCAGAUGGUGGCGCUAUUCGUGGUCGGCUUCCUGUGCGUGCUCGUCUUAGCCGGAGGCGUGCUGCUCUUCCUCGUGCUGCGCCCAGGGACGUCGCACUACCUGGACGCCUGCUCUACGCUGGGCUGCAAGCGUGCCAUACGGGACCUGGAGCGCGUCAUCGACGUGUCCAUUGACCCAUGCCACGACUUCUACGGGCACGUAUGCCGCCGCUGGCUCAAAAGCUACGACGCCGGAUACGUGGAGAGAGCGGCCCGCGACCUCCUGCGAGACCUAAACAACAGCCUGAAUGAGGUCGACGAGCCGAACCGCAUGUCAACAAGCCUCUUUAGCCUGGCGCAGUUCUACCAGUUCUGCAACCGGUUUAUCAGCGCGCGAAACCUGCAGCUGUCCGACAUGCUUCGGCCCUUCGAGCAAUACGUCGACUUGCUCGCCCUCUCCACCUUUCCCGAAGUCAUCGGACGCGUGGUCGACCUUUCGUUGGUGCAUGGAGUGCGCACGCUGCUGGAUAUCCGACUGGUGCGCUUGCAGAAGACAGCCGUGAGGCUUCGGAUCGGCUGCGGCAUAUCGCUGGCUCAAAAGUGCUGCGAGAACUCGUCGGUCGAGUUACACCGCUACCUCAGCACCUUACUUAGCGCAGUCUCCGAGAUGCUGCCCAAGGAUGGCCCACACCACUCCCUGGACGCCUCCGACAUCACGCACGUCGACACUCACGUCCAGCCUCUCAUGGUCGCACCGAUAAAUGAGCAGAGCUACGUCACCUCGGUUUUCGAGUCCCUGAACAGGCGCAUCAGCAGUAACCAGUGGUUGGAGGCGAUAAACACGGUUCUACCGGUGACAUCCCGUCUGGGAAAGCAUUCCCGAGUGAUCCUGACCAAUGUGAACGCCAUCACGGAGCUGCUCGACUACUUCGCAAGUCGCAAGGACAAAGGCGUGGUGUACGUAUACGUCCAGGUGCUCAUGGAGGCGAUGCGCUUCGACUAUCUGCGCCAACGAAGCACCGACGGUCCGGAGGGCGCCAUCAGGAUAUGCUUGCGUGCUACCUGGAGCUCGCUGAGUGGCGCCAAGGACGUGGUAGCGUCGCAAUUUGUCCGCUCCCACGAGACCAUGGCGCGGGCUGUCUUCGAGCGCGUGCUCUCCUCUGUGCUGCAGGAUGCCGAGGGCUCCCCUUGGAUGGGCGACCUUAUUAAACGCAACGCCAAUGUCAUGCUGAAAGGCGUGUCACUGCGGAGCUUCGCUGCUGCAGUGUCCAAUGGAGUCGCGAUCGAAGCGGCUGGUGUUAGCGGUCUGAGCGCAUCGUCGGCGCUAAGCGUAUUUCCCGCCCUCUUCAUGAACCUCCGAAAGGCACGCCAGAAGCGCUUCCUCGAAGACCCGCCGCUGCUGCGGGUCAUCACGGACGAGUACGGCAGCGACGACUUCCUUUUCUUCGAGAGCCGUGUUGUGUAUGACGUGGUCUCCAACUCGCUGAGGGUUCCAGAGGCUGUGCGGCGCGAGCCCAUCUUGUACCCGGAGGACGUGCCGCUGGAGUUCGCCCUCGGAACUCUGGGAAUGCUAAUAGCGCGGGAGCUGCUUCGGGCUGCAGUGCCGAGCAGAAUGCCGUAUUUGUGGACGAGUCAGGAGCAGGUGGCAUUCAUGCGAUACGACCAGUGCGUGGACUCCCUGCGCGGCGAGAUGAACAUAUCCCUGGAGCGGCCGCAGGACAACCAGGCGCCCGAGUACUACUACUGGCUGCAAGGGGCGCGCACGGCCUACGCGGCUCUGAGCGCUUCGUACGCGGCCGAGCGACAUGCAGCCAACUGGAACACCUACUGGCGCGCAGCGCAGCGGACCUUCUUUCGCCGCCUGUGCCUACUGUCGUGCCGGCCGCAGCAUGACACGCCGGAGCAGCGUCAAAUCCUCGACCCGGUGUCCAUGAACCUGCGGUCCCCUGCAGUGCCCGCGCGUGUCUCCUGCCUGCUGCCCUUGCUCAACAUGCCCGAGUUCGUCGAGGCGUUCGAGUGCUCCAAGACGGCGCCUGCGUGUGCUGUGGCGUGAUGUCUCCGCGCGCCACUACGGAGCGUGCUUUGUGCGUCUGCCUAUGUUCAAGCCCACGGCCGGAUGCGUGCAGUCUGGGAGCAUUGCGUCGGCAGAAGCUGUGUGCAGCUUCACAGCGACCUGGUGCCGGCGCAGGCUGGUUCCUUCUGCGGCACCUCCAGUAGCCGUACCGCAGACGAUGGGGCCUUUCGCGGCAACGCGUAUUUCCGCUUCGCUUGCGAGUAGACCACGCACAUCCACAUCGCGUUUAGAGGUGACGUUAUUACGAGACUAGAUCCGCUCGCACACGUUGUUGACGCACGCCGACACCUUAAUUUUCUUCCGUUUUUGUUCUUUGUUGAUGAGAGAAAAUGAACGAAUUUGCUGUGAGAUGCAUGCGUAAAGGUCAACAGAACUUAAAAUAAUUCGAAUACCUAUGUGCGAUUGUGCUGCCGUAUACAGUGCACAUUAUAUUUCGGAACGUUUUUAUUAUUGGCAUAUAUGUUUAAGAGCGUUGUUCGUUGUUUGCAUAUGGGUGCAGUGUAGAUGCAUUAGUGUUUAGAUUAUUUGCAAGCGUUAACUUCCUCAUCGGCUGCGGACGCGCGAAUGGUUCUCGCAGUUUCGCACUUUUCUUUCAGUGAAAUGUGGUUUUCUUAGCACUUUUGUCAUCCAA